GUGAGCUACAGCUCACUUCAUCAAAUAAAUUGGUUGUCUCUAAGGUGCCACAAGUACUCCUUUUCUUUUAACUGAUACAUAUGUAUUUCUUUCUGGUCAGAAUAAUCAAUCAGCACUUUAGAUGCAGCUUUACGGAUUCUAUUUAGAUUACCUGAAGUUAUGACCUGCCAGUAGCCCCAAAGACCAGGGGAUAUAAUUUUCACUAUCAGAAGUAAAAUCUACCGUCUUCUUCCUUUAGUUGGUGGAUAAAUGUUACAGUCUGAGACCAAUAACCCCUUUUGCUGUAUUCCUAUUUCCCAUUUUAUUUACCCAAAACAUUAAUUAAGAGCACAGGUGAAGCUUUAAUAUUAGAGAAGGAAACAAAAUGAUCAGUGGAAAUAUCAACUGAAUGAAUACAAACCAGUAGGCACCUUUCUAAAUGCAAUUAGAAGAUAUAGGAAGUAGAGAGUACAAUGCACCAUUAAGAAGCUAUAAAAACAAAUGUAAUAUGUGCCUGACUAAAAGCCAGUUAACUGGUCUCUAUUCCAUGCCAUUCUUGUGUAUUAGCUUCUAUAAUACUGGAAUUAGUAUUAAUCUCAUGGCAAGAGUAUUAUUAAUUACUGAUCACCAGAACAUUGUUCAUGAUGCACAAUACAGUACAACCCCAAAGUUUUCAGCAGUAAUAGGACCACAUGAACUAUGCACUUCUAGAAUAGAAGAUCUGGUUCUAAAUGGUCAGUCUAGGGAUAUGUUUAAAUCUUUGUUGAUAUUCUGCUCUAUUUGUGAAUUAUUUUGCACAUAAUCAAUGCAGCAGUCAUAAGCAAACUAUUCCUUCCUUAGGAGCUCAUCUAUAGAAUUGGCAUUUCCCUCAGUGGUCAAAAUAGUAGCUACAGCUGCAGAAAAGAAGCAGGAAGGAAAAGAAAUAUCGGGAGUGUGUUUACAUAAAUUGACCCCUGUAUAGUAAAAUACAAACAAAAAUAAUUCAGAAUAAAAUUUCUGGUUUUAUUAAAACAAUUGUAUUAACACUGAAAAGUAGUCAGGCUGUGCAGGGAAGUGUGUUAGUGAAAUCAAAUCACAAACACUUGAGGAGGGAAUUCCAGAAUUUUGUCAAAUUAAAAGUUAAACAGCACUGUAUUCUUCUAUAAACUGCCAGGAAGCAUCAAAACACUUAAUUACACUCUUAUUCAUUGUAACUAUGUGUUUCUAUUUAUCAUUUCAGUUAACUCUUCUCAUCAGAUUAUAGUCCCUGUGCUAAAAUUCUUCAGCUAUUGGGUCCUCUUGAAAAGUGAAGGACUUGUUUUCAGUCUACUAGAAGCCAUUUUGAUGCAGUCCUAUAACUGGAUCCUGUUUAAGCAGCAUAUAGCAUUUCAACCUUGACAUUCUCUUCUGUAGCAACAUAUUGCUGCAAUCUGUGAUAUCAGCUGAGACAUUUGUGACGUCACCUGAACCUGUAAGGCCAGAAAAGCUUGCAGUUCCUCAGGCUCUAUCAGGUAUCCCUGGAAAAGCAUAGGACAUAUGGCGACACACUUCCUGAUAUAGCCAGGCAUCAAGGCGGAAUGCGUCAUUGCUCCAUCUGUCCCACUGCCCCUUGUGUAGUACCGUGCCCUGCACCUUCUCUCGUUUGGGCAUACCAAACCUAUUCCAAUUAGUGUUCCAGACUUCCCAUUACAAUGGGCCUGAGAAGGUUGGGUCCGGCUUGUCUAGUACACUGUAGGGUGUGGAGAACUUACUACAUUACUUAUAGGUUAUCUCCAUAUGCAACGUAACACAAGUACAGUUAACAAUACAAAAUCCACAGCAACACCGAGUCCUGACCACUACAGUGUGGUCCAACAUUCGAGCCACCACCAAAACACUGCCUCUCCUCCUUCGACAGGGUCACAAUCUUAUGUGGCCAGUUGCUGGCAGUUGCAACAAGCUGCCCCUGCAGGUUUUGCGUGCUUUUGUCUAUAUCAUAAGUCCAUUGAAUGUUUACAGAGAAAUGGGUUAUUGUUCAAACCAGCUUAACUACUUGGUAUGGAAUCAGGCAGUAUGCCCUGGUUUGGUUAUUUACAGCAAUAAGAUUUACAGAUCCAUUUGUGCACCAAAGUUCAGAUAGCAGCGUGUAGAUGUGUGUAGUUUGGUUAUGGGCUGGUGUAAUUGUGCCCCUAGUAAUACGUACAUUCCCAGCAAAACACCUCAUACACAGUACACUCAAUUGUCCACCCCUUUCCAUAAGGCCAUUGAUCCUGCUUCCCCAUAGUCAUAGGAGAGGAGCACAUCCAACCAUCUUCUCUUGAUUUACACCAUUUCGCAUACCCCUCCAUUGACUCCCAGUAAGCUCCUCCCCUUCUCAUUAUUUCCAUAGGGCUUGUGGGGACCACCUUAGUUGCCAUUCCAUUUCCAGGUAACAUGGUAGCUAUUACACAGGUGCUGGCCUCCUAGUUGAGCAUUUUGCAUUCCCAUACACAUUUCCCCCCAAGGUCAGCCUUUUGAAGCCAUCCCCCACCCAUGUCAUGAGGUUUUUUGUUUAUUGAAACACAACAAUGCUAGCAACAAGACAAGACAAACACCACAACACAUAGAUCCAUGGUAUUCUGGAUUAUUUUUCUGCUGGCACCAGCUUGCUUGUAGAGUGUUUAAAAAACAAAAGAAAAUUUCCACCACCCCCUAGUGGGGACAGAUUAUUGCUUACUAAUAAUACCACUUCCUUUUACAAAUUUCCUUGCUAAUUGCAGAAAAAAACAGAAGAAUUACCUCCAGGCUGUCCUUAUUUUGUUCUAUAGUCAGGCUAGUGAAUUACCCCACUCACUGGUCAUUUAUUAAAUUCAUGAGGUGGUGUACCUCAGUUUCCCCUCUUGUAUAACAGACCAGGUUUGCAAUAGUUUCUCUGCUGUACCAAGCUUUAAGUUUAUUCUCAGGUAACAGCUGAGACACAGCUUCAGAUUUUAGCACUGUACACACACACACACACACCCCUCAGGGUUAACCUGUUCCCCUUACUUUCAAGCUUGACUUCUUUUUUCACCUCCCUUUCCUGGAGGGCCAUAAUCUGAGUAGUUUCUAGUAGCUUGGUUGCUGACCAGAUGUAUUCAUUAUUUGCAGCUCCUUUGUGCCCAUCAGCUAGGUAAUUUGCAUUUACACAGAGGCUUUCUGGCUUGCUUUUGGAUCCAAAGCUAUUAGCAGCUCAGAGACUGUCUUAAAAGGGAAACAUUCCACUUCCACUAGAGUUCUGAUUACUUUCCACUUUCAUCUCCUGCUCCAAAACACACAGAGAUCUGAAAGAGAAAGCACAACCUAUUGUGGCUCCUUUUGGAGCCCUAAUAGGAUUUUAAUUAAGUACCAUGUUUUGUUUGCAUUUCUUUUACCCCUUCUCUAAUAUACACUGCACACAUCCUGGGAGAAAGCACAUUCCUUCUAUAGUUUAACCUCCAUAACAUUAUAUUAGCCAUAUUAAUUUUACACAAGGUGUAACUGCCUCCCCCAUGCCCACAGAGUUUUCAUGCACACCCACUAAAGCGACAAUCUGAUCCCCAAGAGCCACCCCAAGUCUCAGUGUUCCCAUCAUUCUUCCCCUUUUCCUUUUACCUGUGCACACACAAAAUUCUCUUUUUCCUAACAUCCCUUGCACUGUGAUUAUUCUUUUUUACACAACUGUACCCUGAUUACACUCCCAUCUUGUACAACUAGACACAACCAGGGGCAGCCAAGUUAAGUUUCAAUAGAAACCCCUUACAUUACCCAAAAGGAAUGUAAUUAAAAUCACUAUAGUCAAAUAAUUUUGAUCAGAUUCUCUCUCCGCCUGCUGCCUGCAGCAGUCCCUUAUAUACCAUUUCUGUGGGAAAAGGGCCCAUUUUCCCUCAGAAUAGUUGUAAAGGCUUCUGGGGACAGAAGCAUUGUGGUGGUAGUAGCCACUCUACCUGACCCCCUUGGAUAAUUUAAUUACCAAGCUUCCAUCCAAUGUGACUGCACAGACUUGCACAUACAGUUACAUUUACAUAACUGGGUUUUAUCAUUAAACAAAAACUUCCUUCUUGUAACACCACAUCUGUUACUGUUUUAACAUCUUCACAACAGUUACCUUUUACCAUUUCCACAACUCCCAAAUGUUUACUUUCCUUCAAACCCUGUAUUAAUUUUUGCAAAAGCUACUUUUAACUUUUCACUCACUUCUUUAAAUCACUUACUCCUACAUUUAGUUCUUUAAGGUGGUGCAAUUUGUCUGUAACAACUUAGCCACCAAGUACAAUUAUUGCCACACAGCUGCCUUAACCUGUGCUGUCUUUACCUUGAGACUGUUCAAAAAAGCAGUAAAACAUUUGUCUCCAUGGAUGCCCAUGGAUCUUUUACUCCAAAAAUUCCAGUGGAAUAUAGCAGACCUCUGUCAUACUUUGUCCAAAAUAACCAAAAACAUUUCAUGUAAGUAUCCAAAGUACCCUCCAUUAAAACUUCAGAAAAACAAAAGUGUGGAAAGGCAGGGGGAGAGGAGGGGGAAGAGGUGGAAAGAAACCAAUUAAGCCGGUCAGGUCAGUUUAAAGUAUAGGCUACCAGCAGCAAAUUAAGUAAACCGAGAAAAAGAAGAAGGAAAAGAAGAAAAGAACUUAGUUAGCUCUGAGCCAAGAGUAGGCUCCCUGUGUUGAAACAGUUGGGAACCCUUAUCCCCAGGUUCUUAUUCUGGCUUUGGGAGAAGAGUGGGGGUUGUUACCUGCUCCUGCAAACUCUACCAUUUUGCACUUUGAAACUUUUUUUUCCUCUCUUCCUUUCUUUCUCUCCACUCCCCCAGGACCAAGUCCCAGCUCCAGUCUCUAAAGGUAGUCUGUUAACUCUGCUUUUGACUUUAAACCCUGUGGUGCCAAAUCAUCUUUAACCACCCUAACUGAGCCCUGGUCUACACUAGGACUUUAGGUCGAAUUUAGCAGCGUUAAAUCGAUGUAAACCUGCACCCGUCCACAAGAUGAAGCCCUUCAUUUCGACUUAAAGGGCUCUUAAAAUCGAUUUCCUUACUCCACCCCUGACAAGUGGAUUAGCGCUUAAAUCAGCCUUGCUGGGUCGAAUUUGGGGUACUGUGGACACAAUUCAACGGUAUUGGCCUCCAGGAGCUAUCCCAGAGUGCUCCAUUGUGACUGCUCUGGACAGCAUUCUCAACUCAGAUGCACUGGCCAGGUAGACAGGAAAAGAACCGCGAACUUUUGAAUCUCAUUUCCUGUUUGGCCAGCGUGGCAAGCUGCAGAUGACCAUGCAGAGCUCAUCAGCAGAGGUGACCGUGAUGGAGUCCCAGAAUCGCAAAAGAGCUCCAGCAUGGACUGAACGGGAGGUACAUGAUCUGAUUGCUGUAUGGGGAGAGGAAUCCAUGCUAUCAGAACUCCGUUCCAGUUUUCGAAAUGCCAAAACCUUUGUCAAAAUCUCCCAGGGCAUGAAGGACAGAGGCCAUAACAGGGACCCGAAGCAGUGCCACAUGAAACUUAAGGAGCUGAGGCAAGCCUAUCAGAAAACCAGAGAGGCGAACAGCCGCUCCGGGUCAGAGCCCCAAACAUGCCGCUUCUAUGAUGAGCUGCAUGCCAUUUUAGGGGGUUCAGCCACCACUACCCCAGCCGUGUUGUUUGACUCCUUCAAUGGAGAUGGAGGCAACACGGAAGCAGGUUUCGGGGAAGAAGAAGAAGAUGAUGAUGAGGUUGUAGAUAGCUCACAGCAAGCAAGCGGAGAAACCGGUUUUCCCGACAGCCAGGAACUGUUUCUCACCCUGGACCUGGAGCCAGUACCCCCCGAACCCACCCAAGGCUGCCUCCUGGACCCGCCAGGUGGAGAAGGGACCUCUGCUGCAUGUGUUUCAAUGAUCACAGGAUCUUCUCCUUCCCAGAGGCUAGUGAAGAUUAGAAAGAAAAAAAAACGCACUCGUGAUGAAAUGUUCUCUGAGCUCAUGCUGUCCUCCCACACUGACAGAGCACAGAUGAAUGCGUGGAGGCAAAUAAUGUCAGAGUGCAGGAAAGCACAAAAUGACUGGGAGGAGAGGUGGCAGGCUGAAGAGAGUAAGUGGCGGGCUGAAGAGAGUAAGUGGUGGGCUGAAGAGAGGGCUGAAGCUCAAAUGUGGCGGCAGCGUGAUGAGAGGAGGCAGGAUUCAAUGCUGAGGCUGCUGGAGGAUCAAACCAGUGUGCUCCAGUGUAUGGUUGAGCUGCAGCAAAGGCAGCUGGAGCACAGAUUGCCACUACAGCCCCUGUGUAACCAACCGCCCUCCUCCCCAAGUUCCAUAGCCUCCACACCCAGACGGCCAAGAUUGUGGUGGAGUGGGGGGCCUCCGGCCAACCAGCCACUCCACCACAGAGGAUUGCCCAAAAAACAGAAGGCUGGCAUUCAAUAAAUUUUAAAGUUGUAAACUUUUAAAGUGCUGUGUGGCAUUUUCCUUCCCUUCUCCACCACCCCUCCUGGGCUACUUUGGUAGU